UCAAUAACACUAAUAAAUGAUUUAUUAUUAUUACUAAUAUUGAUUUGAUAGCAAUUCCAACAAACAGUGCGGUUAAACACAUGUAAGUGCUUGGCUUCGGACUCUCUCUUGCUUCCUUCUCCUCUCAUCUUCUCUGCUCUAUUUUUUUGUUGGGUUCUGUCCUCGCCGAGACUUUUCUCCUUUCCUCAGGAACUUUAAGUUUCUGAGUUCAUGAAGAUGCCAGUGGCAUUGGUCUGGCUACUGGCAUUCACCAAUCUAUUAUUGAUCAAAGUAGAAAGCAAUAAUGCCGUAUGCAAGAAGACUUUCAAUUUAGACCCUAGACCUCACAGCGUCUCCAUCCUCGAGUUUGGAGCGGUUGGAGACGGCAAGUCCCUCAACACGAUUGCUUUCCAAAACGCUAUUUUCUACCUCAAGUCCUUUGCGGAUAAAGGCGGUGCUCAGCUUUAUGUUCCACCUGGGAAAUGGCUCACCGGAAGCUUCAAUCUCACUAGCCAUCUCACACUCUUUUUAGAGAAAGGAGCUACCAUUCUUGCUUCACCGGAUCCAUCGCAUUGGGACAUUGUCAGUCCUCUACCGUCAUAUGGUCGUGGAAUUGAACUUCCGGGGAAACGGUACAGAAGUUUGAUCAACGGAGACAAUCUACUAGACGUAGUCAUCACUGGUGAUAACGGGACAUUUGAUGGUCAAGGUGCGGCCUGGUGGAAGUGGCUAGAGUCAGGAACUUUGAACUAUAGCCGACCUCAUAUCAUCGAAUUCGUCUCAUCCAAAAACAUCCUUAUAUCGAACCUAACCUUCUUAAACGCACCAUCCGUCAACAUUCACCCUGUUUAUUGCAGUCACGUUCAUAUCAAAAAAGUUUUGAUCGAAACAAGCGUUGAUUCUCCCUACGUUCUUGGAGUUGUCCCAGAUUCUUCGGACAAUGUUUGUAUCGAGGACUCAACGAUCAACGUUGGACACGACACGGUCUCUCUCAAAAGUGGUUGGGACCAAUACGGCAUAAACUACGGCCGUCCAACCACCACCGUUCACAUCCGUAACCUCGUCUUAAAAUCUCCCACCGGCGCCGGAAUCUCCUUCGGGAGCGAGAUGUCAAGCGGAAUCUCCGACAUCACCGUGGAGCGUCUCACCAUACACAGCUCACGCGUAGGCGUCGCGUUCAGAACCACCAGAGGCAGAGGAGGGUAUAUCCGUAAUAUCACAAUCUCCGGCGUUGUUCUCUCCGGUGUAGACACAGCCAUCGUGGCCGACGGACACACCGGGGCGCACGCGGAUGAUAAAUACGACCGGGACGCGCUCCCGGUCGUGACGCGUAUCGUCCUGAGGAAUUUCACCGGAGAUGGUAUAGGAUUGGCUGGGAACUUCACCGGUAUCGGAGAGUCUCCGUUCACGUCGAUAUGUCUAAAGGAUAUUCAUUUACAAACGAGUUCAGAAUCUUGGUUAUGCUCCAACGUCUCUGGUUACGCGGAGGACGUUUCGCCGGAGCCUUGUAAAGAGCUCGUGAGUUUUCCCUCGUCGUGUUUAGCCGGUGGAAGGAUAUACGGCGGAGAAACGGCGGCAGAGUCGUACUACAGCUGGUAAUGCUAGUAAAUUCAAUAAAUGGUGAUGAAGAAAAGAGUGGUGGUGGUGGUGGAGUUUGGUUUAUGAUACGAUUGAAUUUUCAAUUUUUUUUGGUCAGUGAAGUCAUAAAAUUUGUUGUCAGAGCGAGCGAGAACGUGAGUAUCAAGAAACAGAGUAUAUGUUGUAUUAUUUAUGUACAGCUUCCCAUUUCUUCAUUCAUGUUGUAAGAUAUAAUUCAUCUUUCUUUCUUGUUCUA